AGCGAAUGACGCAGUUUGGCGUCCGUGAGGGCGGGGCGGGGCAGCGGAGAGCAGCAGUGUAGGAAAAGAGGAGGAAGCAGCGAGGAUGGCGGAGUCACACCUCUGAAGAAAAUUAUUAAUGGAUUUCUAAAACCUUGGUGACCUUUUGAGCCAUAAGGAAUUCCACAAGUUUUACCUAAAAGUCCCGGGAUUGUAUGCAGCUUCAGUGCUCAAGCAUGUGGCCCAUGGAUGCCACAGUCCAGUUUCGUCAAAGGAUUUUUAACUCCAAAAGAAACAAUUGAAAAGUGCUCAAGUUUUCAAGCAAAGACAAAGAUAAACGUGUGGUCCUGCACAGGGAUGUUUGCUUUAAAGCCUCCUCAGCUGUCCAGUCCCUUUUUUUCCUGAAUAAGUAACCUGACGAAAAAGUCCCAUGAGCAACUCUGCAGGACGCCCGAUAACGUCGACAUGAGUAGUACUUUAGGAAAAGAAAAGGAUUCAAAAGAAAAGGACCCUAAAAGUGGUUCGGGAGGUAAAGAAAGGGAAAAGGAGGCCAAGGCUCUGGCAGGCCUGGUCAAGGAUGGAGGCAAAGAAACAAAGACCAAAGGGAAAGAAGCCAAAGAAGGUAAAAAGGACACCAGCAGCUCAGCACCGGGUGUUGCCUUCUCUGUUGACAAUACGAUAAAGCGGCCAAACCCAGCACCAGGUACACGCAAGAAGUCUAGCAAUGCUGAGGUGAUUAAGGAGCUUAACAAGUGCCGGGAGGAAAAUUCCAUGAGAUUGGAUCUAUCUAAACGCUCUAUUCACAUGCUGCCCACCUCCGUUAAGGAGCUGACGCAGCUGGCUGAACUCUACCUAUACAGCAACAAGCUGCAGAGCCUACCACCUGAAGUGGGAUGCCUCUCAGGCCUGGUCACUUUAGCUCUGAGCGAGAACUCUUUAACCAGCUUGCCUGACUCACUGGACUCCCUUAAGAAGCUUCAAAUGCUCGAUCUUCGGCACAACAAGCUGAGAGAGAUCCCGCCAGUAGUCUACCGGCUGAAGUCUCUGAAAACGCUCUACCUACGCUUCAACCGCAUCACAACGGUGGAGAAGGACAUCCGAAAUCUUUCCAAGCUCACAACACUCAGCAUCCGGGAAAACAAGUUCAAGCAGCUUCCCGCAGAGAUAGGGGAACUCUGCAACCUCAGUACUCUGGAUGUUGCCCAUAAUCAGUUGGAGCACUUACCGAAGGAGAUUGGGAAUUGCACACAGAUAACCAACCUAGAUUUGCAGCACAAUGAGCUCUUAGACCUCCCAGAGACCAUAGGAAAUUUUGCCAGCAUAAACCGCUUAGGUCUGAGAUACAACAGAUUGUCAGCUAUCCCCAGAUCGUUAGCCAAAUGUCGAGAACUGGAAGAGCUAAAUCUCGAAAACAAUAACAUAUCAGUGUUACCGGAGGGCCUCCUGUCGAGUUUGGUCAAGCUGACUAGUCUGACGCUAGCAAGGAACUGCUUCCAGUCAUACCCAGUGGGCGGACCCUCCCAGUUUUCGACCAUCUACUCGCUCAACAUGGAGCACAACCGUAUCAACAAGAUCCCAUUUGGAAUCUUCUUUAAGGCCAACGUUUUAAGCAAGCUUAACAUGAAGGACAACCAGUUAACUUCUCUGCCAUUGGACUUUGGCACAUGGAACAACAUGGUGGAGCUUAACCUAGCUACCAAUCAGCUGACUAAGAUUCCAGAGGAUAUUUGCGGCCUGGUGUCUCUGGAGGUGUUAAUAUUGUCAAAUAAUCUUCUGAAGAAGUUACCACAUGGUAUUGGCAAUUUAAGGAAGCUUCGAGAGCUUGACUUGGAGGAAAACAAGUUGGAAUCACUCCCCAACGAAAUUGCUUAUCUCAAAGAAUUACAGAAAUUGGUGUUAACGAAUAAUCAGCUGACGACAUUACCAAGAGGAAUUGGCCACCUCACCAACCUGACUCAUCUGGGUUUGGGGGAGAACCUGCUACAACAUCUUCCUGAGGAGAUUGGCACACUGGAGAACCUGGAGGAAUUGUACCUCAAUGACAACCCCAACCUGCACAGCCUCCCCUUCGAGCUGGCCCUGUGCAGCAAGCUGUCCAUCAUGAGCAUCGAGAAUUGUCCCCUCAGCCACCUUCCACCCCAGAUCGUGGCUGGGGGCCCCUCCUUCAUCAUCCAGUUCCUCAAGAUGCAGGGACCCUACCGUGCCAUGGUCUGAGGCCAGAGCCCCCUACCCCCAUCGCUUGCUCUGCACCCUCAUGCCUGCCUGCCCGCCCGCCCCAUUCCGUGUAUCAUACACUGUAAAGUAGUCGCCCCCCCUCGCCAUCAAUGUCGGGGGUGGUGCCACAGAAGAAGAGGUGGGUGGAGAAGAGACUCUUUCUCUCAGUCUUUGGGCGGACACAAGGAGAAGCAAUGGAGACUCUACAUUGUUCCACUUUAAUACCCUCCGCUCAUCUUUUCAUUCCGAAUCGAGGAACAUAUUUCCAUCUCUUUGCCAAAACUGAAGAUAUAUGAAUUUAUAUGUAUACAUGUGUGUGUGUGUGUAUGUAUAUAUAUAUAUAUAAUAUAUAUAUAUAUAUAUAUAUAUAUAUAUAUAUAUGUAUAUAUACACACACAUAAAUAUGUGUAUAUAUGUAUAUGUGUGUGUCUAUCUACAUAUAUACAUACAUAUGUAUAUAUAAUAUAUGUACAUAUAUAAUAUAUGUCUGUGUGUAUAUAUACAUAUACAUAUAUAACAUAUAUAUAUAUAUACAUAUAUAACAUAUAUAUAUAUAUAUAUAUAUAUAUGUAACUGUGAGCUAAGUGGCGAGUCUUCUAAUUAUACAAAGCGUGCUCCCAUUGCCAACAUAUUUACAGUAAUUACAAGCAUCGACUACGUCAGCAAGGAUAUGCAAAAAACAAAACACGUCUUUGGAACUUCACAUUUACUGCUGCUGCCAUAAUUUAAUGUGUCAUUUUUUUUGUAAUAUAUAUUUUAUUUUUUACAUAAUCAUUUCUCACCGGAGAUAACUUGCGUUAAAUACUUCUUGACCGUAAAGAACAAAGGUCUAAUGAUGGCGUGUUUAUAGUUUUUGUACUGUUUUUUUUUGUUUUUUUUUAAAUAUAAUUUUUGAUUUCUUUUUUUCUUUUUUUUUUUUUAAUUGUGCCUAUGUUUAGAAAUGAACCACUGGAUCAUUCUAAACACUAUUGUCCAUGAGAAUACAAAGACAUAAAUUAUUUCAAUUUUUUUUUUUUUUAUUACUGCUGUUUUUAACUUUCGUGUUGCUGUUGGAUCGAUUUGGUCCAGCGAUAUCAUCACUUACGAAAUGGGGCGAUUAGUGGUGUUUUUCAAAACAGAUUGCAGCAGUAGUUGUACAAUGUAAAGCUAGUAACGUAUACAUAUGAGAAAUACAAAUCAAAAGGAAAAAAAAAAAGUUGGACUUUUCUCCAGUGUGGGUGGUGCCGUGUGACCCCGCCCCCAUCUGUUAUUGUGCGCUAAAAGAUGCAUCGGUGACGGGAUAAAUGAUGGAUGUUUUUAUAAAUGUAUACAAAUCCUGGCUGUUGCCUUGAGUGCAAUUUUACUUCAGUUUACUUGUUUGAUAUCUUCAGUGUUGGGCUAAUUAGCUGUCAUCCACUCGAUCAUCGACCAACAUAUCAAACAUUUUUUAAGGACUUAUGUUGGCGAGUGUAUCAGAGCCUCAAAAAAACGGUUUGAUCAUAAAACAUUGGCAGGUAACCCCUUCUUGACACCUUUUUGUAUUAAAAUCAUCAAUUUGUCUCAGUUUUUGACAGGGUUCCCUAAAAAAAAAAAGUUCCUUUUUAACUUAAUUUUUUAAAAUAUGAUCUUUUGUCCCACACUGUCCCAGUAAUGCUGCUGCUCUUAUGCACUUUUUUGGAAUAAAAACAUUGGCAUCCUCUGUUUAAAACAAACGCAGUAGCCUCUCAUCGCUUAUUUUUGAAUGGGGGCAUUUUCAUUAAGAAGUAUUUUAUCUUGUAAAUUUGCAUCACUUGGAAAGGACUGAGUUGGAACUUUCUUUGUGUUGAGGAGGUUUUAUCCUGUCAAUGGUAAAAGGAACUGUUGAACUGUCAAAGUUCCCAUAUCCUGCUUCUUCUUUCUUCAUGGCAAGUGACAUGACUUGUACUGCUCGGCGUUUUUAUUUUAUAUCAUUGAAUGUUUUUUUUCUAAAUGAUAUGUGUAUUCACUUAGUAUUAUUUCAAGUGACUGUACAUUAAAAAAAUACCAACAGUGGUAAUCAAACUACA